GUGGUGGUCCCCUUGGCUGGGCUGCUUUCUCCGCCACGCUAGACGUUUCCACCCUUUAUUAUUUUUUUCUGUAGGAGGGAGAUAUGGCCUUUCCGCUGGGUUUUUAUUCACCACUCCGCCCGCCACCGUCUCUUCCCAAUUCCCCUCUUCUCGUCUUCCCCAUCGCAACGCUUCACCGCCGAUAUCCUGCUCGCCUCACCCGCAACAACCGCCGUUCAAGAAAAAAAAAACAAGGACAAAACAUCAACGCAAAUCCUCGCCCCCCGCGCUACUACAUCAAUCGAUCUACACAAAUCGACAACAGCCUCAUCAGCUAAACCAACAAAACCCACACCACCUUUUCAAGACAAGACUACCAUCGUCGCUACUUGACUCUCGCCUCACUUUUCAACUACCAAUCACCAACUCAUCGACGAUCCGGUUUCGAUUUCCCGAGAACCGACCUCCCAAACCAAUUCUACCUCAACACCAUAUUUUAGCUACCAAACCCCGAAAAUCAAUCGCAAUGGCGCCCAUGAAUCAGGUCAACAAUUACAGUAGUAGUAAUUAUGGUGAGGCCAUUGUCCGUCAGGCCAAUGUCCUCGCCAGCUGCUACAUCGUCGAUUCCGCCGCGACUCUUCGCGGUCUCCACUACUGCACUACCGGCGCCGCAGGGGCCGAGUGGUAUUCCUGAGGUCCCCUCCUCAGGACUACCAUCCCCUCCUUCAAGUCCCCCCCUCGCGGCCAUAACGGCAUCCAACGAGCUCGCUCUGCUUCCCAAGGCCAGCAGCAGCAGCUCCAAGAGGCGCGAUACCGUGCCCGGCAAGAGGAUUAGCCGCAGAGGGGGGGCAGCACUUUCGAUCAGGGAAGAAUGUGAAAGGUUCUUUUGUGAGUCCAUGAGGGCUGUGUUCCGCGGUGAGACGGACACUGGCUCGCGUGGCUCCGGCCUGCAUCAAGGUGCUUAUUACUACAACAACGGCAGCAGCAACGCCAACAACAUGCUGCCCACUCCGCCGCCAGACGAGGACUUGGCCGUUCAACCGCACGUCCCGUUCGGGGGACGCGGCGGGGACGGUGCUGAGGGCUUCACGGCUCCUACCGCACCGGCCCCGGCCACCGCGUGGUUGGAGGUUUGGGACUUUGCCGGCGGCGCGAGUUUCAGGGCCUUUGUGGCGGACGAUGGGGCUGAAAAGUCCCUGUUCGCCCUGUUUGACAGGAAUGUCAUUGGACGUGACCUGAAGCCUGCGCUUAUGGCGCUGAUGGAGCUGGUUGAUGGACCGCUCAACUGCCAACACCUGGUCGUCUGCAUCGACCGGACCAUUGAGGAGGAGGAUGCAAAGUCGCUGAUGAAGAGCCUGCAGUGGAUCGGCUUCGAGUUGACUACGCUGGAUCAGUGGGCGAGAGACGUGGACGUGACGAGCAACCAGUGGCUGUUUAUGAGCAUGGAGAUUUAGCAUUACUUACCCCGGACAGCCUUUCAUCGUCCGCGUUCUGUUUGGAAGGGGGUUUCCUCUUCCUCACUCAUCAGUUCUUUGAGCUUGGCAGUUGGGGAGUUUUGGCUUUUUCAGGCGUCUUCGUCUCUCGUCUUUUCCAGUGGUUGCACGGCAUCGCGGGCUAUCUUCUCUGCUGGCAAAUGUUUUCUCUUUUGCUUGGGGUACGCACUUUGGUCUCUUCUUCUUCGGUACACAAACAGCUCGAGCUUGGAACAAAACAGCAGGAUACGGAAUUUGUGUUGGAGAAAAAGGGGAGGAACCGUCAAAAGCAUUGAACGCAAAGGGAUUCCAGUCUCGUGUUUUGGGCAUCUUUCUCUCUCUCUCGCAUCUGUAUCUGUACGCUAAAAGUUGAAGGGCUGUUUCUUUUCACAUACUCUUGAGGCUAGUGUUUGUUCAGAAACUAGCCAAAAGAUCUAUUUUUUGGGGGACUCGAAGCAAUCACUUUGUCGUGUUAGGGAUAUGUUCUUUCCACUCUUCUCCUUUGGACUUCACACGGCUAUACAAGCACAACAGCAGUAUAAAAUCGCAACAUGAGGAAGUUUCUCUCUUUGUAUGUCUAGUAUUCGGGCCAAUGUGAGCGUCAAGAUUGUCGACCACAGAAUUGAACUCCAGGCUUUUCCAUAAAAAUGACCACCACUAUCAAAAAGGUUUCCAAAACGUCUAAGCUGGUUCUUUGUCUCUUUCUCUCGAAGGGCCAGUGAUCGCCCCCCCUCCCCCUUCCUCUCUCCUCUUGUCCGAAAGUCGCAAGGGAAUAAGCAAUGCUCGGCGUUUCUUCGCCCCCGUUUUCCUUCAUUUCAACCAAGGUACCCCAAAGCUUAAGACAACAUGACACUUUUCAAAUGGUCUCCUCAAACUGCCUCACCUUGAGUCCCUUGUCGGCCAAGAAAUCCUUGACCUGCUUGACGGUAUACUCCCCGCGGUGGAACAUACCCGCUCCCAACGCGGCGUCCGUCGUCGUCUUGGCAAACACCUCUUCAAAGUGCGCCGGCUCGCCCGCGCCGCUGGACGCGAUGACGGGGAUCUUUACGGCGGCCUUGACCUGGGAAAUGAGCUCGAGGUCGAAACCGCUGUUGGUGCCGUCCUUGUCGAUGCAGUUGAGCAGGAUCUCGCCGGUGCCCAUGGCCUCGACGGCCUGGGCGAGCUCCACGACGUCCAUGUCGCGCGUC